UCUCCAGAAUGGACAGAACAAGAGUGACGAACUCAUGGCGGCGGAAUCCUUGGCCAACCACAUGAGGCGCAACAACAGCUUCGUCCAAGACCUCUUCCAAGCGCAGUACCGGUCAUCCCUGACCUGUCCCCAUUGUGGCAAGCAGAGCAAUACCUUUGACCCCUUCCUCUGCGUGUCACUGCCCAUUCCUCAACGGACCACCCGAGUGAUCAUCGUUGUGGUCAUCUAUGCUGAUAGGGACCCGAGAGUGGUCAGGUUCGGGAUCGUCCUGGAGACGUCGGGAACUGUGGCCGAUCUGAGGUCUACCAUUGCCAGUACGUGCAGUAUAGCAGUCACAAGGAUUGUACUGACCGAGGUUUACUUUGACGGUUUCUACCGGUCCUUUGGCGAUACGCAACCCCUCAGCGAUGUCCACGAUGGUGACAGCAUCUAUGCCGUAGAGACCCCUCAUAACUCUCAUAGCAUGCUACAGAACAGUCAGGUCAAACCCUACCUCCAUGUCCAUUGCAAUCGACCUGUAGAGGUCAUCACCAUGGUAAUCAUCAACCAGCAGGGCACAGGGAGAAAUGGCAAGAGGUUUGGUCAGCCGAUGGCGAUAGAGGUGGACAGGAACGUAUCCCACGAGCAACUCACACUUAUCAUCCUCAAGGCUAUGGGCUGUUCAUCAGGCAAUGCGGACAAGAUCAUGCAAUUGGGGCCUGUGUUACAGCUAGGUAUUGUAAUAGAUGCCAAGGGUAGCAGACAUUACAUUCCAUUCGAGGAGGCCAGGCCGAUGCACAAUGCAACGAUAACCAGAAUGUUACAAGGAACAAGCGAAGAAGGGGGACCCCCUCACGUGAAGGCCAUCGUAGAAUGGGAGCGAGAUAUCAGGACUAUGUUUUGUCAGAGAGCGAUGAGUAUCUACAUUGAGGAGCAUGAGACCGUCCAGCGGGAGAGAUCAUCUCACCAGCAGCCAGUCAGGGCAUCCCUCUUUGAUUGUAUCGACCUCUAUACCCAGGAAGAGAAGCUUGGAGAGGACAAUGCAUGGAACUGCUCGCAUUGUAAGCGCUUUCAACAAGGAACCAAGAGACUGACUCUCUGGACGCUACCCGAAGUACUCAUUCUACAUCUCAAGAGAUUCAAACAGGUUGGAUCAGCAAGAACGAAACUCUCUACGCAGGUUGAUUUUCCUAUUCACAACCUGAACAUGGGUCAAUAUAUAGAACACAGAAGGAUGUCUCAGGGGCUACCAAUGAAUGGCAACUCACAGGCAGCACUCUUGAACUCUCUUACAGCCUGGUCACCAUGGAAACAGCAAGGAGGUCGGCGGAGGUCAACGACAUUGGUGGGCGAUAACGUGUAUGAUCUCUAUGCAGUGUGCAACCACUCUGGUAGUUUAACAGGUGGUCAUUACACAGCUUUCUGCAAGAACUCCCUGGACGCGCAGUGGUACCACUUUGACGACGCCAAGGUGGUGCCGGUACCGGAGGAACGCCUGGUGAACAAGGGAGCAUACCUUCUGUUCUACCACCGGCGCACCCAGGCCGCCAGCAGUACCAGCACAGACUGCUCCAUGUCAUCCACUGGCUCGGAUCAUUGGGUCUACAAGCUACCUGCGUAUGCCAGGCAGUGCAGUAACACCUCAUCAGGACAGGACAGUGUCUUCUCAUCCGGAGGUUCAUCCCACGAAGGAAGUUCCCCAAUGACAGAGACCCCGCCCCCAGGUGCAUGGGGGUCCAGUCACUCACCCCACCCUGCCCCUACCAGCUACGCACCCCACCCUGCUCCUACCAAUCACUCACCCCAUCCUGCCUCUACCAGCCACUCGCCCCAUCCUGCCCCUACCAGCCACUCGCCCCAUCCUGCCUCUACUACCCACUCGGGCAGACCUGCCAGGCCGGACCCACACCCACAGAGAGUAGAUCUUCCAGAGUGGUACAACCAUAAUGGAGUGGAUGUAGCGGACAGCGCAGGUAGUAGGGCAAAGAGCAGCGGGAGGAUGACCCCAGGUCAGAGGUCAUGGCAUGGGUCAAGAGAUCUUGUGGAUGAUGAUGAGAGUGGAGGUUUCUCACCGAAUUCCAGACCGUUUGUCCGAGGAGUUGCAGGGCCAACAAGGCAGAGGUCUACACAUAGACCAUGGGAGAAUAGUGAGAGUGACAAUGAUAGUGUGCUCACUGAAUCUUGUGUAUGACAUAGGGUUUUAAAAGCAUAGGAUCUAUCUAGCAUAGGGUAUUAUGUGUCAGACAUAAGGUUUGUGAUAAUGGGUUUUUUAAACUGGAUUUUUAGUAUGAAUCCAUAUUCCAUCCUCUUUGCAUGGACCACUGUCAGAGUGACUCUGACAGUCUAUUUGCCAAGUCUUGUGUAUGACAUAAAGUUUUAAAAGCAUAGUAUAUACAUGCAUAGGGUAGUGUGAAUCAUGCAUAAGGUUGAUGAUAAUGUGAUUUGUAAAAAAAAGUGUUGUGACAUUCACACUAAAUAUCAACCUCUAUGCAUAGACCAACAGACAGAAAGUGGCACAGAUAAUUUGCUCUUGCGUAUGAAACAGGGUUCGAAAAGGUUAGUUAGGUUAGUGUGAUCCAUGCAUAAGGUUGAUGCUGUGAAAUUUCACUGACAGUGUGCUCAUAGAGUUCUUGUUUUUGACAAAGGGUUUUAAUUGCACAGGUAUAUCUCUACCAUAGGAUAUUAUGUAAUAGGUUUAAAUUUGAUGAUAAUUGUUUUUUUUUAAAUAGGGUUUCAGCAUUGAGAUGAUUUGAAUUGAUAAUGGAACUGAUGAAAUCAGCACUGAAAUUGUGUGACAUUUGGUGGUAGUUGUGUGGUUAAACACAUUGACCCAGUAAUUUGAAGAAGAAGACAAAGCAAUGGAUGUUUCUCUGCGCAUAUUCACUGAGCUCUGCGUUACAAGAUACAGAAAUGUGACUCGACUGUCUGUGUCAGACAUAAGGUUUGUGAUAAUGGGUAUUUUUAACAGGAUUUUUAGUAUGAAUCUGAGAGGCAGAGGGUUACUUGCUUGCACCUAUCUUUGCCCUGGGCUCUAGUCAGACACUAUAUUAACUUUGAUGAUAUUACAACUAGGGGGGUGUUUCACAAAGAUCCUAAGUUGAACUUAUCUCUAAGUUUGUCUUAAAAGUUAUGGAAAGCCGUUAGCAUCUUUGAAAAUAUUUUGUCAAAGUUAUUACAAAAGGCAUAAAAUGUUGAGUAAAAUCAUUCAUAUUUUCUAUUACAAUGGUAGAUUUCAUGUUCAUCUGGAAUUUAUGAAAAGUUUGAAAUACUUAAAUUUUUGCUUUUGAAUAUAUUUUAUUUUAAGGCUACAAAUGGCUCUCCAUAAUUUUUAAGUCCAACUUAGAGUUAAGUUCGACUUAGAAUCUUUGUGAAACACCCCCAGAUGCACCUAUCAAGGUAGCUUUAUAGCGAUAACUAGUGUACCAAAAGAUGCGUCCGGAACGCAAGAUGCAUAAUACAUAGUGAUGUUAUUGCUGUUGACAUGUCUGAAUGAAAGGUUAGCUAUCAUGAAGCAUAAUCAAGAUGGUAUAUGCAUUUACCAGCUCCAUAUCCGAAGGAUGUAGUUUUUAACUCUGUGUGACAAAAUAAUGAUUUUCAACAAUUAUGCAGUUUGCAUUCCAGACGCGUCGUUUUGUGCCACUAAUGUUCACCAAGCUACCUAAGUAGAGUUUUCUUAGAACGAUGUGUUAUUUCUUGUUAGGAUUUACACACAGAAAGGAGGAGGCGGGCAUAUGUAUUUGUAAUAACAAAUUAGGAAAAUUGUUUUGAAAUGCAUUUAUCUUUUUUAAUUGUGCCAAAGAUGUUUAAUAUGCUGUUGAUCAUUCACAUGUACAAGCAAUAUUGUAUUUCCACAAACAGAAAUGUAAAAUGUAUAUGUUUUCUUUAAAAGCUUCAUGAAUUUGCAGGUGUUGUACUCUGAAAUGAAUUUGAGGAGAAAAACACCAAUUGUGUUUUUUGCUCUUGAUUAUACGUAUUCACAUUGCUGCUUCCAUUGCCUGUCAAGUCAUCUCAUGAUUAAAGAUUAUAUUCUAUGGGGUGAUAACGGUAAAAUUAUUAUUUCAGACAUUUUCAGAAUCAUAUUCUGUUUGUAGCCGCCAUCGCAAAGGCUAUCAUCCAUUUUUGUUGUUUUUGUUAUUGUUGAAAGUCUUAAAUGGACAAUUUUCUCCAAGGAAUUUGCCACAGUUAGGUAAGGUUGCUUCGGAUAUAGAAAUUAAAUAUGAAACAUGUUUAUUUUCUAUUAAGAGUCAGGAGGAUGUCACCUCUAGUAUGAGUCAAUGCUUUUCUGGACCCUGUAUCAUAAAACUUUUUUAUCAGUACCAAAUGCUAAAUAUCUAUGACAAAUUUGAACUCAGCCAAUUAGAUGUCACGGUUUCAGUAGCUUAUAAUAGUUAUUGUAACUCAGUAUUGAUGACAAGUUUUAUAAAACAGGGCCCAGGUUCUCGGCAGAAGAUAUAGCAAAAUCAAACAAUUUAUGAAUUUUGUUGUCAAAGGACUCUCAGAAAAGCAUGCAGCUGCUGAUUCUAUGGACAUUAUUUAUUGAUUCAUUAAUUAUUACUAUGAUCAUGACUUUAAUUAACGUGACAUAUACUCAGUAUGAGUAUCCUCUUAAUUUGCAAUGAAUCGUGACAGAUUAUUUUGUUGUGUUUAUACUUUUGAAUAAUUCAAGUGCAAUUAUGUAUAUUAUUCUGAUUAUGUGUUGUUUCAAGAAUCUCAAAACUCAGUCUCUAUGUUAGGUAGAUAUUUUCAUUAUUUUGCUCAUGUUACUUCAUAGUGAUUCCAUAUAUCAUCUUAGCCAUUAGUUUAUAAUCAGAAUGUGUUCUUCUUUCAGCUCAAAAGUUCAUUUGUUCCUUCAUAAUUAUACAAGUAUUCCAUUUUGUUUGGAGGGCUUCCUGUUGUUAAAGUAUAUUAGUUUGCUGUAGAAACAGAAACUUUCCAGUUUCCAGUGGCUUUAUGAUUGUAUGAUCCAUUAGUGCAGUUCAGGGGCCCAUUUCACAAAACUUGUUAUCUAUAACAAAUGCUAGAUUUCUAUGACAAAUUUGCUCUAAGCCAAUCAGAUGCCAUGAUUUCAGUAGCUUAUAACAGUAACUUGUAACUUGUUAUUGAUAUCAAGUUUUGUGAAACACCCCCAGAUUCCAUCUUGCCAAUUGUAGAAUGAAUGUAAUUUUUGUACCAAUGUGAGAAAAGGAGAAGUGAUUUAAUGAUUAUCUCUUGAUUUGUUAAGCCUUGAAGGGACAUGAUAUGAACAUGUAUUUAUUUAAAAAACCUAAUGAUGAAGAAGAAUGAACAGUACUUUAGAAUGCUCAGUAUGUGCAGGUGUGUGGUUUAAAGUUAUUGGACAGAGAAUUUAACAGCUUCAGUCAUUAUAAAUGCUUUAAUGAAAUUCGAAAAUUGAAUCAGAUUCAAUCA